GAGGGUAUCAGGGUGUGGCUUUUUUCCGGGCGCGGACAGUCCAGGGCCCUCGCCCUGCUGGCGUGCAGUACUUGUACUGGACACAUCCGCCCAGUUCGUGCCGGCUUCUGACCCUCGACCAAAAUCGACCGCAUUAGCAAGCAGCAGCCGUCAAGUCUCACUCCACGACUUCAGGAUCCUCCCUCUGGAUCCUUCUAGUAGCUUCUAGUAUCCACUCGCAGUACCAACAAAUGUGCGGAAGACAGAACCGGAUUUCCCUUUCUUCUCUCUCCGCCACUGCUACUCCCACUUUCACAUCUACAUCUUGCGACCGCGCACAGAGACACACCCACGGUUUGCAGUCACCACGGUGAACAGGCGCCGCGGCCUGCCCUCCCCGCCCUCCUUGGUCCCCACGCACCCCAAUUCCCUCGCGCCGUCGCGCCCUCACCCACCAUUCCACCGGCACUCGACAAGUGUCUCCUCGCGACAUCAUGAACUAUCCACCACAACCUCACUAUCCGACUCCUCCCCCCCUCUACAUGCCUUUCGACUACAUGCGCACGCCGCCUGUGUCGCCUGCUCCCGGCGUCCACGGCUACUACUCUCCCCGAUACCCCUCCCAAACCGCGACGCCGUCCCCUCGCGCAUCGCCUCAGGUCAAGGGUCAAGGCCACACGCGACGAGCCUCCCAGGCGGUGCCUCCAACCUACUCCUCUUACGAGGCCCCUCGUGGAGGUCCACCGCAAUAUCCUCAGGGCUACUCGUCCCCGCGAUACUACGCGACACCACAGCGUACCCCCGAAUAUGUAAGUGGUUUCGAUUACGUUCGGCCAACAAGGCGUCGUCGCGAGUCGGAUGCUCCACCUCUCAAGCGCUCCCAUCGCGAGAGGAAGCAUACCCGACCGUCGCAGUCACGAUAUGUGCACACCAAUGUCGUCUACGACAACGACUACGAAUAUGUCUACGACAGCAACGUCUACGACAGCCCGCCGCCGCCUUACGAACAAUACGCACGGUAUGAGACGUACGGGAACGCUGAUCAUCAUUAUUCUUAUGGUCAGGUCCCUAUUUAUGAAUCAGAACCGAAAGCUGCUCGACCACGACGUGCGUCCCACUCCAGCCGCCCGCAACCAACAACGCCAAAGCGACCUUCGACGGCAAAGGCGACACCUAAGGCUACUGAAGAGGAUGCGCGUCGCGCCGGCAUUCCUGCUGGCUACUCGUAUAAGAACUGGGACCCCACUGAAGAACCUAUCAUGCUGUUAGGAAGCGUCUUCGACGCCAACUCUCUCGGAAAGUGGAUCUACGACUGGACCGUCUUCCACUACGGCCCAGCUACGCCACUAGCUGAGAUGGCGGGCGAGCUUUGGCUCCUCCUCAUCCAGCUCGCUGGCAAAGUCAAGAGGGCUGAAGAGACUAUGCCUAAGAUCCGCAAGCAGGAAAACCGCGAAAUGGUCGAAGAUUUCCUCGAAAGUGGCGAGCGUCUCUGGAUCCGCUUUGCUAAACUCCUCAAAGUUUGUGAAGAUUACAUGUGGAAAGCAGCCAAGAAAGAGAGUGGCGAUAAGAAGCCCGUCUCGAUGGGCAAGAACAGUGGCUGCGAGUUUGUCAAUUCUAUCUUCGGACGGGACCGCGAACUAGAAAAGACGGAGAAGUUAAUGACUGGUAUGCGUCUGUGGAGUAUGCGAUUUGAUGCCAACUGCGAUGACAUCCUUCGAUAUCCUUCUGCCUAGACGGGUCGCGCUGGCGUAUGGUCUGGAAUUUUGAACCGGUAUUUUCUUUGCACUGCUUGCUUCUUGCGAGAUACCCGUGCGCUCAUUUCUGUUAAUAUUGUAAUUUUG